AUGGCCUCCAUCGCCGGAUCUUCCGCCCUCUCCUUCGCCAGGCCCGUCAAGGCAAUCAACACAAAUUCUCUAGCUUUCUCCCCAGUGAGGAAGGGUAACACAUUCCUCCACCUGCAACCAGUGCCUAUGAGAUCUGUUUCCUGCGCUGCCAAGAAGGAUACAGUGGACAAGGUUUGUGAAAUUGUGAAGAAGCAGCUUGCUCUUCCUGACCACACUGAAGUUUGUGGUGAAUCCAAAUUCUCUGAACUUGGCGCAGAUUCACUGGACACGGUUGAGAUUGUGAUGGGCCUUGAGGAGCACUUCGAUAUCAGCGUGGAGGAGUCCAGCGCGCAGACGAUCGCAACCGUUGAAGACGCUGCUGACCUCAUCGACAAGCUUGUUGCUGGGAAGGCAUAG